UUUUUUUUUCCGUUUCUGUUUCCAAGAUGGUGGCGCCCAGGUUACUCGGCAACGGGAGGCUUUGGGACAGUUCGACGUCCUUCUUCUUCCUCCUGCAACUCCUUCUCUCGGCGGUCGGGGCAAAGCAGGAGCCCGUCACGGUCGACUUCGAUGUCAGACCCGGCGGGAUGGUUCACUCGUAUUCGCAAAAUCUGGGGGACGUUACCUGCACUUUUACCUACGCAGCUCAGGGCGGGACGAACGAGCAAUGGGAAAUGAUUAUUGGGGUCAGCGAAGACAAGAAGCUAUUUUCCUGUUCAAUCUGGAGGCCCCAAGGAAAAUCUUACCUUUUCUUCACCCAGUUUAAAGCUGAGAUGAAAGGAGCAAAGAUCCAGUACGCCAUGGCUUACUCCUCAGCUAGUGUCGGAGGACAGAAUGACGUCCCAUUAAAAGAGGAGGAAUUCUUGGUCACGGAACGGGCAGUGUCUCACCGGGAGGGCAAAUUCCACUCCGAACUCUCCAAGCUGAUGAUCGUGGCCGAAAAAUCCCACGACGAACUGUGAGCACCGUCCACCUUGCCCUCGGAGAAGACAACGCGGUGGGACCUCGAGGCGUUCUUGGUGGGGGGACUCUUCUUUUUUGCGGGUCCCGAGGUCCACCUGAGCGCCCCUUUAAGAAGAACGCAUUUGGGGAAGAAACAACGAGCGGCGCGUACGACCCUUGGACCCGAGAACGCUCCCUUCCACGGCGGUCCUUCCGUGGCAUCGGGGGUGUGCGUGUAUGUCCUGUGACGCGUGAGACGUGAAGCGGGCUCAAGGUUACUGCAUCUCGGAUCUGGUGCUGCAAAAACUGAUUGCAUAGGAUCUGGCCGUAUCCACUUGGAACGAGAUUUAGCCCAAAAGACUUAACAGAAAGUCCAUCCCUUUUGCAGGAAUUGAUGUGUGCGUGUUUUGCGUGUGUGUGUAAUCCCCUACAAAUUUUUUUUCCCCACCUCUUCUCCAUAUACUGGUCGAUUGGUCACCCCUCCCACCCCCCAAAAAAAUCCCCCCCUCCCCCGUGGAAGUGGAGCAAUUGUAUGAAUAAAAACAGAUUUAUAUCCUCAA